GGGGCGGCUCCGGGCGGUCGGCGGCAGAGCCGCGGCAGCUCCCCGCAGGGCGGGCCGGGUCGGGAUGGGGCUGGAGCUGUACCUGGACCUGCUCUCGCAGCCCUGCCGCUCCAUCUACAUCUUCGCCCGGAGCAACAACAUCCCCUUCGAGUUCAAGCACGUGGAGCUGUUCAAAGACUCGGUGCUGGGGAAGAAGCCGGCGGCGGGGAGCGGCGCGGAGCAGCCCCGAGCAGGGCCAUCAAACAGUGAAGGUGCAGGCAAAGUCAGCCUCUUGAAGAAAGUACCAGCACUGAAGGAUGGAGACUUCACCCUUGCAGAAUGCACUGCCAUCCUGCUGUACCUGAGCCGCAAGUACAACACUCCUGACCACUGGUACCCCUCAGACAUCCAGCAGAGGGCCCGUGUGGAUGAGUACCUGUCCUGGCACCACGCCAACAUCCGGGCCAGUGCUCCUAAAACCAUGUGGAUCAAGGUGUUGAUUCCCCUCUUCACAGGGCAGCCUCUGCCCUCGGAGAAGCUCCAGGAGGUUAUGGAGGGGCUGUCCACGUCCCUGAAGCAAUUUGAGGAGAGGUUUCUCCAGGACAAGGCUUUUAUCAUUGGGAGUGAGAUUUCCCUGGCAGAUCUUGUGGCCAUUGUGGAACUGAUGCAACCUGUUGGAGUUGGUUGUGACGUCUUUGAAGACAGACCCAGGCUGAGGGAGUGGCGCAGGCGGGUGGAGGAUGCUGUGGGGAAAGAGCUUUUUUUCCAAGCCCAUGAGAUGAUCCUCAAUAUCAAAGAACUGAGCAAUAUUCAAAUUGAUCCACAGCUGAAAGAGCAACUGGCACCUGUGUUGAUGAAGAUGUUGAAAUGAAUGAACCUAUCUUAGCAUUUUUCCUGCCUUUUUUUUUUUUUCCUUUUUAACUUUUCUCUGACAUCCAGUUCUCCAUGUAGCUGGAAAGAGCACUGUAAUUCUAACACAGAAAUUGCAGAAUGGACAGGUCUUUCCUGUAUCUAUGGGGGUAGAAGGUGGGGAAUGUUUAAGACCUAAAACAUUAAAUUUAUACAGAAGGCUGAGGCCCUACAGGUCACUUAAAGUGCCUCUGGAUUUUAUUUCAGUGUCAGUCUUCUCAGAGAUGGUAGAGACAAGAAUGGUAUUUCCUGACAGAAUUCAAGCCUGCCUACAAACUGGGAAUGUUAAAGAAGUGAAUAGGAUGAGGAUCAUUGUUUCCAAUUUUAACAUUUGUACUGCAAAGUAUGCCUGAUCUUCAUCUUCCCAGCAUGUGUCUGCACAGUAGAGCACAAAGCUACUUCACAAAAAGGAAAAAAAAAAUAAAAUGUAAAGAUUU